AUGCCAGACAAAGUCCUCGACGACAUCUCCCACCGGCGGUACAAUCCGCUCACCGACAGCUGGCUCCUCGUCUCGCCUCAUCGCACCAAGCGCCCUUGGCAGGGCGCGCAAGAGGCUGCUGUCAUCAACUCGCUGCCCGAGUACGACCCAAAGUGCUAUCUCUGUCCCGGCAACUCUCGAGCGGCCGGCGGCAAGAAUCCUGUCUACGAAAAGACGUUUGCCUUUGUCAACGACUACAGCGCCGUAAAGGAGCAGCAGCCCGACUACGAGGCCCGGCAGGCCUCACCGGAUGAUGUCGAAUCUCUACUGCUCCGCGCCCAGGCCGUCAAGGGCGUCUGCUACGUCAUCACCUUCUCCCCAAAGCACCAUCUAACCCUCGCCGACAUGCCUGCCGACGACAUCCUGCCUAUCGUCGAGCACUGGACGCGCAUCUACGCCAAUCACCUGUCUGCCUCGAGCUCUCUAGCGCGCCUGGUAGGCGGCUUGCAAAUAUCAAUGCCCAGAGACGCCGCGCCCGUGCCUCGUGACGACUACCGGUACAUGCAAAUCUUUGAGAACAAGGGCGCGGCCAUGGGCUGUUCCAACCCGCACCCCCACUGCCAGGUCUGGACUACGUCGACCAUGCCCGAGGGGCCGGGCAAGGAGCUCGCACAGAUGGCCAAGUACCGCGCCCAGCACGGCGGCCGCCACCUGCUCGCCGACUACGUGCAGCUCGAGCUGGCCAAGGGGGAGCGUGUGGUCUGGCAAAACGAGGCCUUUGUCGUCGUGUGUCCCUGGUGGGCCGUGUGGCCCUUUGAGGUGCUCGUCCUGCCCAAGCGGCACCUUCGCUCUCUCGUCGACUUCCGCCCCCAGGAGCGCCUGCAGUUCGCCGAGGCCAUCCAGGAGGUGACGCGGAGGUACGACAACCUGUUUGAGUGCAGCUUCCCCUACAGCUCGGGCAUUCACCAGGCGCCGCUCAAGGGCACCGACGAGGAGAUUGACAAUGCCUACUUUCACAUGCACUUUUAUCCGCCGCUGCUGCGGUCGGCAACCGUCAAGAAGUUUCUCGUCGGCUACGAGCUCAUGGCCGAGCCGCAGCGCGACAUCACGCCCGAGCAGGCCACGGCCCGUCUGCGGGACUGCGGCGGGGAGCUGUAUCGGAACAAACUGAAGCAGUCAUAG